AAGAAAAAAUGACGAAGAAAGAAGCGUCAAAGAAAUCUAAAGAUGUGGAAAAUUUAUUAAAAGAACUGGAGGAUACAAAAACUCGUAUGCUAGCAUUGGAACAGGCUCUGAAGCAAGAGCGUGCACAAAACGAAGCAUUGAAAGCGAGCAUGGAAAAGGCGAACAACACUAACGAUGAGGGAAGUGUCGACUUUAGUGGCCAAGCACCGAGGUCAUCGAGUACCCAACGCACCGAAAUUUUACUCAAUCCCGAAGAAUCCCGAUUUGUAACAUCGGUGAAUCAACUUUCCGUGUCUUCAUUAAAUGUUCCAGAAUGCGUUCCGUUGACAAACGACGGUGAAAUUACUAGACAGUCGUUUGAUACAUGGAAAGACCUCUUGAUAGAUUCGAUGAAGCUGGCAGGAAUCGAAGAUGAAGCGACUCAGUUUAUACUAUUUCGGGUUAAAGCUGGCUCCCGGUUGCUCGGAAUUUUUAAAAACACAAAGUCUACAGAAGAUUCCCCCAGCGAGGAAAAUAAACCUUUUUCCAACGCGAUGCACCGUUUAAAAGUAUAUUUUGGGUCGAGUUCGGAUAUUAUGCUGCAGCGGCGAAAACUCACUUUGAUCACACAAAAACCAGACGAAUCAGAUUUGCAAUUUGUCAACAAAGUUACAAAUUUAGCCAGGCUUUGUGAAUUUAACGAAUGUAAGGAGACCGAAGAAAUAAUAGGUACAAUCGCGGGGCAGGCACAAAAUCGUGAGGUUCGUACUGCAGCACUGAAAAUACUAAACAGAGGAGGGUCUGUUACUGAUUUAGUGGAUAACGUACGUGAAAUAGAGACGAUCCGCUUGAACGAAGAAUAUUUUAGAAAAAAAACACUUGCAGUCAGAGCCGACCGUUAUCGCUCCUGUCAGAGCAGACUAUCCUCGGAAUCAAUCGUCUCGCAAUCGAUUUCAUCCGUAUCAGCAGAAGAGAAAUGCUCAGCAGACGUCAACUGGAUUUCGAUCUUCCAACAACUCGCGGUAUAUGGAUCAAGCUGGGUGGCGUAAUAAUCAGCGCCAGGGAUCGGGACAACGUGGAACGAGCUCCAAUUUUCGAGAAGGGAAAUGUUGGAGAUGUGGUAAUGUAUACCACUUUUCAUCGGAUUGCCCAGCUAUAGACAAAAUGUGCAGAAUUUGUGGUAAAGUGGGCCACUUCCAAAAGGUUUGCCGUGUCUCGACACAAAGACAGAUCACAGGAAAUCGGAUAUUAGAGGAAACAGAGAAGAGUUCUCAAAUUGUAGCUGCUGUAGAGAAAAUGGAGUUAGAAACGAAUAUUUCCGAGAAUAUCGAACAAAAACUGUCUGUUAACGUGUUAUCCACUAUGAAGCCUAACGACGAAGGGAUAAUAAUGGCGAAAGUUGCAGAACUGCAAUGUGUGUUUUUGAUUGACUCCGGUGCUCAAGUCAAUACCUUUACUGAGGAGCUAUUCCAAAUACUGCUCAGUGAUGCAAAGUAUGCUGAGAGGGUGUUCAAUUUACAGAAAAAAGCAGAUAGAUCUCUCAGAGCUUAUGCUUCAACCGGGGAGAUUGCAGUAAAAGCUACAUUUGAAGCAUACCUCUACGUUUCGGAGGAUAGACCAGUUUUAAUGGAAAAAUUUUAUGUGGUUGACGAGAAACAAGCUCUUAUAGGUAGACCAACAGCCACAAGAUAUAGUAUACUUAUGCUCGGAUUGAAUGUUCCAGUUUCAACAGAUAGAGUUCUUAUGGGUUCGAGUUCUCGAUCAGCGGAAAUCUCAUUUGUCAAUGGAAGUAUACCGUUUCCAAAAUUUAAUAUUCCGGCAGUGAAAAUAAGUUAUAAUAGAGAUAUCGCCCCGUGUAGAAACAUUUUUACCAACAUUCCUCCCGCUAUGAAACCUUUAGUCCAGAAAAGGCUCGAUCAAUUAGUUUCAGCAGAAAUCAUCGAACCUGUAUGCGGUAACAUGGAAAAUUCCUUCUGCUCAUCGGUUCUCAUCGUACCGAAGGGUAAGGAUGACUUCCGGCUUGUUAUUGACUUGAGAGGACCUAACGAGUACAUAUUCAGGACUCCAUUUGUGAUGCCGACUCUUGACACAAUUCUAGCGGAAUUGAAUGGUGCGUGUUGGUUUUCAACGAUUGAUCUUUCAAACGCAUUCUAUCACAUUGAGCUCGAUGCUGAAUCGCGUCCCCUCACUAAUUUUUACA